ACCCCCGCACACAGCCACAAGAACAACACUUCCCCAAAGCUGGAGUUUGGCUGGUCUUAUGAGAGAUCAACCUGCAGCGUCUCCAAAUCAGGCCAAGCCAGGGGGCGAGAGAAGAAACGCUGAUGUCUAUUAUGUAUAGUUUUACAUGUCUAACAGUGCUGGCACUGCUCACGGGUCCCACAGCAGAUGGGUCGGUUCUACCAAAGCCUGACGAACUCGUCUGCAGGCCUCUGCGAAGGGAACAAGAGGUCAAUCAGCAGCUCAACACAUCAGCCCUAAACACAGCCCUGGCCUUUGAACCGUAUCGUGACCUGGCAACCAGGACCACUGCUGAGCUCGGGGUCCAGCAGCAGCAAAACAUCUUGUUCUCCCCCUUGGGCCUGGCGUCAGCUCUGGCCCUGCUGUCCCGAGUGACUGGGGCCGAGAGUCGGAGCCAGGCCCUGGAGGCCCUGGGGCUGGCAGCCAACUCUACAGAGCAGAGCGUGGAGGCCACCAUAUCUGCUCUUACAGAUCUGCAACACAGCCUCACUCUACAGGAGGGAGGGGGUGGGGGUGGGGUUCAAAGUGCAGAGUCCGGAGCCGGAAUAGAAGCUAACAUUGGGGCCGCACCAAGGGAGGGUAUUGGAGGGGCGGAUGCUGGAAACAGAACUGAUGCAGGUGAUGGGACAGGGGGUAGGAAUGGAACUGAGGAUGGGGUUCAUCCUGGGGCACAGCUAAGAGUGUGGAACAGCCUUCAUAUUGAUGGAAAACCUUCACUAGACUAUGACAGCUUUCUGUCCAGGCCUGAGCACACUGGACCCUCUGCCUUCAACAUCAGCUUUGACACGCUGAAGAAAGACUUGGAAGCUUCUGACAGACUUGAACUUAACAAUUAUUUGUAUUUCAAAGGUCAUCAACCCUUUGAGCGGCGCCACACAGUGCCUCGGAGCUUCCAGCUGAAUGCUACCACCAGCACGGAGGUUGCCAUGAUGUUCAGGGAUGAUUCCUCUGAGGUGAUGAUGCUGUACGACACCAACUGCUCCGCCACGGUGGUGCGGCUGACCUGCUCAGAACGCCUGGCCUCGCUGCUCCUUCUUCCAAAAGCCGAGCUCCAGCCGCUGGAGGACUGCCUCUCUGACAGCCGCAUGAGCUUUUGGCUCAGCAACCUGAAGCCAGGGCGGGCAGAAAUCCGUUUCCCCAAGUUCCAACUAAGGAAAUCCUACAGUUUAGAAAGCCUCCUGAGGAAGUCUGGGGUAUCAUCAAUUUUCUCAGAUUCAGCCGACUUCUCUGGAGUAUCACAGAAGACGCUGAAACUCGUCAAGGCUCCUCAUGAGGUUAUGCUGGAGGUGGAAGAGACCAAGUCAGAAGACAGAGCGAGACCUGACAUCAUGUUGGACUUCUCUGUCCCCCCCAGAAUUACCUUUAACAAACCUUUUAUGCUCAUAAUCUAUGAUGAUCUCACAGGGCUCGUCCUGCUCAUGGGGAGAAUUAUCGAUCCAACAGAUUUCUAGUCUGAAGUAAACAUCACAUGAGCCUUUUUUGUGCUUUUUCCUUUGUGCUUAAUAUAGUGCUGCUUUCCCUUACAUUACAUAAAUGCGUAUUCGUCCCAAUAGUAUGGUAUAUCAUUCUGGGGGAAAUAAAUGCACUACCAGCAAUUUCACUGAAGUUGCUAAAAGCCUGUGCUGUUGUACCUCCAAUUUUCCAAACAUUGCAGGAUGAUUUUCAGUUUAUUUCUCCAUUUUCACAAAAUGAUAAAAAGAUUCAAAUGGCAGUAAUUUAUCCAUGUGACUGAAUCUUUGCUAUUCUUGCAAAAACAUAAAACACUUUUCUUCCAUU